GUUCCACGGUUUCAAAAGUAACUUACAGCACCUACGUCUUUAAAUUCAAAACGUAUUUUCCAUCGUUUCCAUCGUUGCGACAAGUGCACCGUGCAUAAAAAUAGUGAAGAAAUAUCAAAUUAAUCUGUAGUAGUUUCACUUCACUGUACUACAGCUACUACCGCAACCGCAAGUGCAAGUAUUACAUCGUAAAAAGCAUCAAUGGCCAUCGAAACUCUAGUAUUAGGCGCUGGUCAAGAGGUUGGGAAAAGCUGCGUAGUGGUGAACAUCAACGGAAAGAGAAUCAUGUUCGAUUGCGGCAUGCACAUGGGUCACCAUGAUCACCGUCAAUUCCCUGAUUUCUCUCUUAUUUCACCUUCUGGCAAUUUCAAUGAUGCUCUCUCAUGCAUCAUCAUUACUCAUUUUCAUUUGGAUCAUGUUGGAGCGUUGGCUUACUUCACUGAAGUUUGCGGGUAUCGUGGCCCGGUUUACAUGACGUACCCAACAAAAGCUUUGGCUCCUUUGAUGUUGGAAGACUAUCGGAAAGUCAUGGUUGAUCGUCGGGGUGAGGAAGAACUAUUCACUUCUGAUCAUAUUGCUGAGUGCAUGAAGAGAGUUAUAGCGGUAGAUCUGAAGCAGACUGUGCAAGUAGAUGAAGAUCUGGAGAUACGUGCAUAUUAUGCAGGACAUGUUAUCGGAGCUGCGAUGUUCUAUGUAAAAGUCGGAGAUGCAGAAAUGGUUUAUACAGGAGACUACAAUAUGACACCAGAUAGACACCUAGGAGCUGCUCAAAUUGAUCGACUACGACUUGACCUUCUUAUAACUGAAUCCACAUAUGCGACCACGAUACGUGAUUCAAAAUAUGCUCGAGAGAGGGAAUUCCUCAAAGCUAUUCAUAAAUGUGUUUCUAGUGGAGGAAAGGUGCUUAUUCCAACAUUUGCUCUUGGAAGAGCUCAGGAACUAUGCAUUUUGUUGAAGGACUACUGGGAGCGCAUGAAUUUGAAGGUUCCUAUCUACUUCUCUGCAGGAUUAACUAUUCAAGCUAAUAUGUAUUACAAGAUGCUUAUUGGUUGGACAAGCCAGAAGAUUAAAGAUACAUACUCCACACAUAAUGCAUUUGAUUUUAAGAAUGUUCACAAGUUUGAGCGGUCUAUGCUUGAUGCUCCUGGUCCUUGUGUUCUCUUUGCCACUCCUGGGAUGAUAAGUGGUGGAUUUUCACUUGAAGUUUUUAAACACUGGGCACCGUCAGAAAAUAAUCUUAUCACUCUGCCUGGGUAUUGUUUGGCAGGAACUAUAGGAAAUAAAUUAACAUCAGGGAAGUCGACCAACAUUGAUAUAGAUCCGGAUACACGGAUAGAAGUGCGUUGCAAGAUUCAUCAGUUGGCUUUUAGUCCUCAUACCGAUUCUAAAGGGAUUAUGGAUCUCGUGAAAUUUCUCUCCCCAAAGCAUGUUAUACUAGUGCAUGGUGAGAAGCCUAAAAUGGAUUCUCUAAAAGAAAGAAUUCAUUCCGAAUUGGAGAUUCCGUGUUAUAAUCCCGAAAACAAUGAAACCGUAAGCAUUCCUUCAACUAACUACGUAAAUGCAGAAGCCUCUGGCACUUUUAUCCGAAACUGCUUGAAUCCCAACUUCAAGUUUCAGAAAUGCAAUUCCGUGGACACGCAUAACUCCACUCUAAUAGACAGAAACCCGACGCCUGAACUUCAAGUUGAAGAUGAAAGAGUAGCAGAUGGAGUUUUGGUCAUGGAAAGUAACAAAAAGGCAAAGAUUGUACACCGAGAUGAGGUUUUGCUCAUGUUGGACGAAAAGAAGCAAGAGGCCUAGUUUACAUAUUUUGUGUCGUUUACAUAUCGGUAAAUGGCGGUGACUCAAUAGAUUGCCCAUUUGGCAAGAGCUCUUGAUUUAUGUUCUUACGUUAAAACGGUGACAACAGAUCUGGAGAAAAGAAUCAAUACUUUGGAAAAUAUCUGCAAAUGCAGUCAUUAUGCAUCAACAGAGCACCAGAUGGGAAGAGGAUCCGUUAAACAGGACAGCAUGUGUUGGAAUCAUUGUACUUUUCUCUGAAAGAAAUUUUAUUGAAAUAGACUUGAGCUGCAAGAACAUGGAGCAUUUGAUAGUGUCUUGCUGCUGGGUGGUCUAAACAAGAUUCAGAAACUAUGGGCUCAUAAUUUAGGCUCCUAUGUUUAUGAUGCUGGAGAAGGGAAAUUAUGUUAUGAUUGGAUCAUUUUUAAGUUAUAUAUAAUAUUUGUAGUCAUUAUUUUUUAGAUAUUUAAUUGCGGUAAUCAAGAAUUAUCGAUAGGUGUUGUACUGUUUUCCAAUGAAUCGUAUUUCAUUUUGGUUUUACGAAAGUUUCUCAAUCCAUCCCAUGGUUAUCUUACCCACCACGUAAAAAAAUUUGCUUCCUUCCGUAGAUGCAUCUACGGAAACAUAGUGAAAUUUGGGAUUUUCCCAAUUAAUUGAGAAAAUCUUAAGUUCCGUAUAUCCAUCUAUGAAACACUCUAUUGACAAAACCCAUCAAACAUUUCCGUAGACGUAACUACGCAUUUUUUUUUAAUUAAUUGAGAAUUUGAAAUUUUUCCAUUUAAUCAAACCCAUCAAACCUUUGCGUAGAUGUAACUACAGAAGAUUUUUUUCAAUUAAUUGAAAAUUUGUGAUUUUCUCAAUUAAUUUGUAAUUUAAUGGGAGAUUUUCCCAAUUAAUAUGUAAGUUAAUGGGAGAUGCAUCAAG